UUUGAUGUAAAACAUUUCACAUUGGAAAAUAUUCUCAGUUCGGGUCCAAGCCCUAAUUCUUUCUCCCUUCUCCCUUCUCCCUCUCAUCUCUGACCUCACUUCUCUUCUCGCCGUCUCUCUCGCUCUCACCCACGACCGGCAACCAGCGACACGCCCUCCGACUCCAAGUCUCUAACCUCCGUAGAUCUUCGUCCCUCCAACUCCGAGUCUCUGACCUCCGCAGCAUCCAGUCCCUCCAAGUCUCCGUCCCGACCUCCGUCUCCAUCUCCGUCUCCAUCCCCCACUCCCAGCGUCUAGUCCCUCCGACCUCCCAACGUCUCCGACCUCCGACCGUCUCUCGCUUCAUUGUAGGUUUGGAGAUUUGAGUUCCACUCAGCACUCGUGAGAACAGGGCCUUAGGGUUUCGUCUCACUGGUACAUUUUUAUCUCUCCGUUGCUUGUUCAGUUUGUUGAUCCGAUGGUACAUGUCAUAUUUAUAUACAAUCUUUCUUCAGCCAUCAUCUCUGCAACGAAGAAACCUCCUUCCAUAGGAUGGCCGAUCAGGUAGCAAGAGGAGAAGAAUUCGAGAAGAAAGCGGAGAAGAAGCUCAGCGGCUGGGGCCUCUUUGGCUCCAAAUAUGAAGAUGCCGCUGAAUUUUUUGAUAAAGGAGCCAAUUCCUAUAAACUCGCCAAAUCAUGGGAUCAAGCUGGAUCAGCCUAUGUCAAGUUAGCAAGCUGUCAUUUAAAGUUGGACAGCAAACAUGAAGCUGCUGGCGCUUAUGCUGAUGCUGCUCAUUGCUAUAAGAAGACAAAUACUAAAGAGUCUAUAUCUUGUCUUGAGCAAUCAGUCAAUCUGUUUCUUGAGAUUGGAAGGCUCAACAUGGCUGCAAGAUAUUACAAGGAAAUUGCUGAACUAUAUGAGGGUGAACAGAACUUUGAGCAGUCUAUUGUUUAUUACGAAAGAGCAGCUGAUCUUUUCCAAAGUGAAGAAGUGACAACUACUGCAAAUCAGUGCAGGCAGAAAAUUGCACAAUUUGCUGCUCAAUUAGAACAAUACCAGAAAGCAAUUGAGAUUUAUGAAGAUAUAGCCCGGCAAUCGCUGAACAAUAAUUUACUGAAGUAUGGAGUUAAGGGGCAUCUUCUUAAUGCUGGCAUUUGUCAGCUGUGUAAAGGCAAAGGGGAUGUUGUUGCAAUCAGCAAUGCUUUAGAGCGAUAUCAGGACCUGGAUCCAACUUUUUCUGGAACACGAGAGUACAAAUUGUUGGCGGCGUUGGCUGAUGCAAUUGAUCAGGAAGAUGUUGCCAAAUUCACUGAUGCUGUCAAGGAAUUUGAUAGCAUGACCCAUCUGGAUGCUUGGAAGACAACUCUUCUGUUGAGAGUUAAGGAAGCGCUGAAGGCAAAAGAACUGGAGGAGGAUGAUCUGACUUGAAAUACCUUUUCUUUUUACUUCAAAUUAUGUCCUUGGCAUUUCAUAGAUGAGUGCAAUGAGUGGUGGUGUCUGAUUAUGUUCCUAUUCUUUCUUUCUUUUUGUGUGUACCAAAAUGUCGUAUUUGAAUCUGAUUUAAUGCCUUACCUUCACAAGCAUGAGAUUGUAAUGGAGUUGCACUUUUUAAUCAUUUUCUGGAUGAGGUUCAUAAAUAAACUUGUAUUUGAAGAUUUUGAUGAGUUC